AGAGGUUGUGGAGGGAGAGGGCGCGGCGACACCGGAAGCAGUUGGUUCUCACGUCCGGGCUUCGGUCGCAGCGACUUGUCUCGGGGCCUAGCGACAACAUGGCGGACUUGUCUCUGGACGAGCUGAUCCGGAAACGCGGCGUCAGUGUGAACACGAAGGGAAGGCUGAACACAAGACCAUUAUUUGGUGGUAGACCUCAAAUUGGAGUCCAACAAACUUUUCUAAGCAGAUCAGCACCAAGUGUUGGUUUCCAGAGGACAUUUGAUGCACGGCAGAAGAUUGGCCUUACUGAUGCCCGACACAAAAUUGGCGUGAAAGAUGCCCGGGAGAAACUGCUUCAGAAAGAUGCCAGGUUUAAAAUCCAAGGAAAAGUGCAAGACGCCCGGGAAAUGCUUAAUUCCCGAAAGCAGCAAGUGACCAAAGUUGUUGAUGCCAGAGAGAAGAUCAGUCUGAAAAGGAGCACUCCUAGUGCAGCCAUUGUGAAAGCUGCUGUGGAAACGGUGGCCCCUGCCAUGAAGAUCACAAAAACAAUUCAACAGAAGGCUGCAACUCCAUUGCACACUCAUCCUGCAUGCAUGAAGGUCAACAUUGUGAACAAUCACACAAACAAACAGUCUCAAUAUGAUGUAGAAGAUGAUGAAGAAACUGUAUCUCCCCUUCCUAAUAAGCAAAUGAAGAUCACUACCGCAAACAGCUUCCUGCACAGUGCGGCUGGACUCAGUGGCAACAAGUUCUCUCUGUCAAAGACAGUCCCCCUCACAAAGGUUGUGCAGAAUGAUGCCUAUACGGCCCCCACAGCUCCACCGUCCCCCAUCCGGACAAAGGCCCUGACUAACAUGUCCCGAACCUUGGUGACAAAGGAAGAACCCCCCAAAGAGCCACCACCACCAGUUGAGCCGGCCUUCAGCCCAUUAGAAGGUACUAAAAUGACUGUGAAUAAUCUGCACCCUCGAGUCACUGAAGAGGAUAUUGUUGAGUUGUUCUGUGUAUGUGGUGCCUUAAAGCGAGCCCGUUUAGUGCACCCCGGAAUGGCUGAGGUGGUGUUUGUGAAAAAGGAAGAUGCCAUUACUGCGUAUAAGAAAUACAACAACAGAUGCUUGGAUGGCCAGCCGAUGAAAUGCAACCUUCAUAUGAAUGGGAAUAUCAUCACAUCAGACCAACCUAUCUUGCUUCGAUUGAGUGACACCCCCUCAGUGAAGAAGGAAGGUGAACCACGUCGGACAAGUGUAGGAACCGCCUCAAAUCCACCAGCUGAAGUGGAUCCUGAUACUAUCUUAAAAGCACUCUUCAAAUCCUCAGGGACCUCCGCCUCUGUGCAACCUACAGAGUUCAAAAUCAAACUUUGAAGAGUGACAGGCAAGGAGUGGACUGGAAAACUUGUUGAGCGUGGGAAAUAGGGAGACAAGUGUGGGAACGCAACUGAUGUUGUGUUUGACCAUGCUGAAACCUUUGUUUUUCUACAAUUGCUACCUUCCUGUACAGUAGUGUUCUCCCUAAUGUAUGUGUUCUGUUUUCAUAGUUGGAGUUUUUGUCCACAUAUUUCUAAUGGAAUAAUCUUCCCUUCCUCCAGUGAUAUAUCACCAAGCUUAGAACAUUUAACUCUUUUUCCUUUGUUUCAACCACCCUACCUGUAUCCAGCCAUUGAAAAGUGCAGCUAGCAAAGGAUGUGAGUAGCAUCUGUUUGGCACUUGCACCCUUUGAGUGAGAGAUGAGAGUCCUUUUUACUGAUGAUGGACUGCAUUUCCUUUUCAAUUCAACUCUGUCUGUAGCGGAGGCCAGGAUUUGGUAGCGGUUUUAGCUGUUCUGAAAUUGUAAAAUUAGUGAAGGAGAAGCAGCAGCAAAUGUUCUCUUUGUUCAGCAGCUAAUGGAAGGGACUGUGAAGCCAAUGCAAAUAGGUAUAGGCACAGGAACAUAGCACAUCUUACACUUCAUCUUACUUUGUCGUUGUAAUAAUCUGCUAGUGCACUGAGAGAAAGAAGCAUGUGCCCUGGCGUUGGUGUACUCUUCAGUCCAGGAAGUCUCACAGAUGCUCUCUUUGUGAGACUGCAUGGGCUUUCUUUCACUUUGUAUCAUUUACAUUGUGUUUUUACUAUGAAAUUAUGUAUUGGGCAAGAAGAAAGUGUUUCUGGCUUCAGCAAUCACUUCUCAUGCCUAAUGCCUUAGAAGCACUGCAGUGAAUAGAGGUCCUCAUUUGUUCAGUCCUGACAGAUUCUGAUGCACCACUAUGUUUUGUAGCACCUACACCUUUCUUGGAGGUUAAUGGCACCCAAAUAAACUCCAGUGAUAAACUCCUAGGAACUAUUUCUACAGGGCAUCUGUUUUUACCCUACACUACCUUAUCCCUGAGUGUAAUAGUCAGGAAAACGUCCAGCCUCCAGCUCUCAUGGACUUGUCAAUUGUAAGAGUUGCAUCUGUUUGGGCUUGACUGCUGCUACUGUACAGCACUGUUGCUUAUUUUUCUGUACUGGGAAAUGGUGGGUAUCUCUUGUAGUUCAUAUAGAGGAGAAUCUACCUAUUGGUUUGGCAUAGAACAGGGAUAGCAGGAAAAUGAGUUGCCUAUAGCAAAGUGAGGAUGAUUUGUUUUUUGGCCAUGCUGAAUUUCCUCUGACAUGCCAGUCUUUGCUAAAACAAAAAGAUACUUCCGUUUUCUAGCAACCCAUUUAGUCCAGUGAAAAUUGAAAACUGACAAGGGUUAAGAAUAAUUGCAUUGGUUUUAUACUAAAUAAACAUGCAGAUACUUGUAUGGGGGCUUGCAUUUUUAUACUUCCGGCUACAAGACGAGAGCAUUGCUGUUUAUCUGUGCUAAAACCCUGCAGUGUAAUAUAUCUGCUUUCUUCCAUUGUAGAACCUGGUGCUCAGUGGAUUCUACAUUCCUUUUUCUCUUCGUUCUGUACAGUUUCUUAGUUUCAUUUAGCAGGCUACACACGUUAUGUCACACAAUAAACCUUCACAACAUGGAAGGCAUUUGCUUCCCAAUGGGGUUUUUAAAUCUGAAUUAUUUAGGACCGAUCAUAAUUUCACGCUUACUGGGGAGAUGUGCUUAUGAUUGACAAAUGAUAUUUUGUGCAGAACUGCUGUUCCCUGUACCUGUGUUUCAUUAGCAGUUGGUUACAGGGGAAGGGAAGGUUGGGGCUGGAGGACAUUAUGUAUUAUGUUUCUGAAUAAACGUUUGUUAUACAGAACCUGUAUUUUGCCCUGCCUUCUUGGGUUGCAAGGAAAUGACUGAUUAGUCAAUAGAGUCCUGUUAAUUUUUCACUGUUGGGGGUGCCUGUCAGCAGAAUCAAAUAAUAAAGCUUUCUGUGGAUUGUGCCUUUUAAGGCUGCUGCUGGGGUUGCCAUGUUUGAAUUCUCUCCCAUGGAGAUGGGAGGGAAGAAGACCCAGUUCCUUGACAUGCUAUUCUUUAUGUGCAGGAAGAUUUUUUUGUAGGGAAUGUUUGAGAGGUCUUGAGAGAAUAUUGCAUAGUCUAUAUCAGUGAAGAAGAAAACAGGAUUAUGUGGCAUAAAAAUAAUAAGGUAUUUCGUCUUUUAUGGAGCUGUUUUGUUUGACUAUCGACUUCUAGAGUAUUUUGACAGGUUUGCCAUGUCCUCACUCAUCUCUGUUAAAAGAAUAAAUGAAAUAGCAAAGCAUUUUUAAAAACAGACAUGUUACAAGACUGUUUUGAUCUAAUAAAAAGACUUGUAAAGGUUUAAACAUGUAAUGGUUCUGAGCAUAGCAAAGGGGCAAACUGAAUGACAAUAUGAUUUUCCAUCUAUAUUUUUAGCUGGUAAGAUUUCUCAUUACUCUUUAAGAUAGCUGUAGAGAUUUCACCACCACCACUUCGUAUCUUUUGAGUUCAGCUGUACAGUACUACUUGGGAGAGUAUGUGAGGAAGCCAAGGUUUACUUCAGAGGUUCCCAAACUGGUCUGUGGACCAGCAGUGGCCUUUGGUCUUUGUUCAGAUGGCCUUUGGCAUGUCUGCAUUAACUAUUGAUUUAAUUGUAUGCUAUUGCUUAUAUUGCACUCCAGAUUGGAUGCAAAUGUGAUGCAAUAAAAUACAAAUGAAGCAAACAAACAACAACUAAAAGUAUAUAGCAUCUAGCAAAGCACACUUAACAUCAGGCAGGAAAAAAAUCAUUAAAUUGCCAAGACCCUCAGCGAUUUUCAUGGCGGAGAGCGGGGAGCCACUGGCUUAAUUUGAAUCUGAGCUCGGCCUUGGCGCCUGUUCCCUGGGCGCAGCUGUGACCACCGAGCAAAACGGGAGGAUGCGCGUGAAUCUAACUCGGCUCCGUCAUACCGAUGGAGCUCCUGCGCACGCGCACUUGGGAGUAAGUCCCGCUAAACCCAGCAUGUUUUGCUUCCCAGCAAACUGGCAUAGGAUUGCGCUGGAGCUGGAAGAGCCGCGCUAAAUUGAAAGACGAAAGCUGGAGAGGUGAGGCGGCGGC